AUGAUCAUUGCGCUUGCCGCGCUCUCAUUGGGGAUACAUGGGAGAGUCGCCGCUGGACAGGAGGAUGCUUGCAACUUUGCGUUGCUGGGGUCCCGCGCCAACCUCGAGGUACUUGACACUUGCUCUUCGCAGCUGCUCGAGGGGCUUGGGCUUGGAAGCGAUCCGAGCGAGGACUUCGACCCGGAGCAGCAAACUCUCACCUGCUUUGGCAUCAUGCGCGGGCUUGGUUCUCAAUUCGGCUAUGCCAACAAUACUCGCCGGGUGUGCUGGGAGACGCCCCAUAUGAAUCUGACUUCGAUUAGCUGCGAAGUUUUGAACAGUAUAGCUUGGGAGCUUAUGGUGCUGGCGUUGCGACACCUGGCUCUUUGCACUGGCUUGUUUGGGGACAUUGCGGAGGAGAUCCACGAGGCAAUGGCGGAUGAAGUCCAGCAGCUUGCGGGGGCCGUGCUCUCUCGAGAGAUUGAGAUGCAGGACUCUGCUCCCACGGGUCUGCUGAUUGGUGAGAAGCUGAGGCACCUCCACACAGACUUGGUGCAGCCACUUCAAGCACAAGGGCACACACGCCAAGUCGUCUCCAGAUUGUUAGCCUUCGGUCGCAAAGCUUUCGAGCACUCCAACUGGAUGGUUUGGCGAGACACUCACUUCGUUUGGCUUCACGACUCCCUGCGCGAGGGCCGCGUGGUCCACACCGCCUGGGGACCCUCUGAACGCUGGGAGGAGUUGGGUGCCAAUGACGCGCACACAGCGAGCUCCCUAAUCGGAGGCACUUCCAGGGCACCAGCUUAUGGAUUCGUGAAUGAAGGCAGUCAGCGUCAGGAUAUCCUGCAGAAUCUGCUGAAAAAGCUUCACCAAAGACGUGGAGGUGAGCAGAUUCAUGUGGUCGAGAUAGGCGUGUUCAAGGGGAGUUUGUCAAAGUUCUUGUUGGAGAAACUUCCAUUUGUGACUUUGCUUGGCAUCGAUCCAUACAUCGGGAAGGACGGCACGUUUCCAGGCGACUUCUCAGAGACGAUGGAUCCAGACGUUGCCCUUGCACAGGCAGCUGCUGUCUAUGAGAGCUACAAAGAUCGAGCUCAACUUCUGCCGGUCACAUCAGACGUAGCAGCCAGGACCAUUCCGAAUGGCAGCAUUGACGCCAUUUUUGUGGAUGGCUGUCACCUGUACGAGUGUGUCGACUCGGAUCUGCAAAUCUGGCUACCAAAGCUGGCCGGUGCAGGAGCACUCGUUGCUGGACAUGACUUCUCACCGCAGUGGCCAGGGGUUGUGCGGGCCGUGCAUGAACACCGGCUGGAUUCACAGCGGGUGUAUCUCGGAAUGGACUGGACUUUCUGGUGGUAUGUCGAGUGA